AUGGCUAUAGGACCUACUCUAGGGACCGGGUUGUUUAUCGGUUCCGGUCAAGCUUUAGCUGCCGGUGGUCCAGCCUCAUUGCUCGGCUCCUACAUAUUCAUAUCCGUAUUGGUAUACUGUGUAUCGACGGCUGUCUCAGAGAUAGCGGCUCACCUACCCUCCCAGAAUGGCACAAUGGUCAAUCACACUUAUCGCUAUGCUUCGUCCCAUUUAGGAUUUUCCCUCGGGUAUCUACGCUGGCUUUCCAUAGCUACGUUGGUCCCCUUUGAAAUCACCAAUGCAAUGGUCAACCUUGGCCUUUGGAAUCCCGGAGCUAGGCUUGCAAUACGGAUCAGCAUUGUCACUGCCGUGGUGUUCUUCUUCAACAUGUUGCCAGAAAAGGUGUUCAAAAGAUCGGAGGCUGCAUUCACAGCUUUGAAACUUGUCACAACCAUCGGCCUCAUCAUUAUUUCUGGCUAUCUCGCCGUUCGGGGGGCCCCCGAAUCUGCUGCGCGGGGCUUCCAAUACUGGCACGAACCUGGUCCUAUGAACGAAUAUCUCACUGACGGUCAUUUGGGACGGCUUCUAGGGCUAGUACAGUGUAUCCUAUGCAGCACUAUAUCCUUCAUCUUCAGCCCCGAAUUGAUCGUUCAGCGAGCGGAGCAAGUAGAUUCAGAGUCGACCCGAAGUAUUUUGAACGUGACUCGAAUUGAUUGUAUCCAUCUUUUCGCACUCUAUAUAUUGAGUUCUCUAGCCAUCACCCUGACUAGCCCAUCGGAUGAGCCUCUUUUGACGAAUCAUGGCAUCGGUGCUGGAUUAUCGCCCUACAUUGUGGGCAUUAGAAGAUCUGGGAUACCUAUUCUACCAACCGUUGCAACAGCUCUCAUAUUCCUGUCAUCUGUGGCCUCUGGACGAUCAUUCCUCUAUAUAUCAUCUCGUACCUUGUGCUCCCUGGCUGAGACUGGACAUGGCCCCGAGUUGUUCAAGCUACGCAAUGACUAUGGUGUGCCUUAUAUCUCUGUUGCUAUAUCAGCACUGUUCUCUGGGUUUGCGUAUCUAUCCUUGGCAAUGUCUGCGUCGGUCGUCUUUAAUCUGCUCAUGUAUUUCAUCACCACGUCCGGCUAUAUUUCGUGGUUGUUCUCGUGUGUUAUCUAUUUCCAGUUCCGACGGACAACCGCACUACAAGGGUUCACACCAGCCAACCAGACACGUAUCCAACCGUACGGUGCAUAUUUCGGUAUCGCAGCCUGUACAUUUCUGCCCUUGGCCAACGCCCUAAUACUAGCAGCCCCGUCAUGGGUAGUUGCGAGGAACUCCAUUCCUACGUACAUUGCCGUGUCUAGUUUUCUUCUACUUUACUUUGGGCACCUGAUGAAUUCCAUCAUCACACGGCGACGUCUUGAAUCCGGGGAGCUCCGAAGGCAUGGAUGUGGCGGCACGCUUGAUAAGCGCUUCAUAACACCCCAGAGUUGA